GGGUCGGGACGGGGACAGGUGCAGCACCGCCACCGCGGCCCACCGGGGCUCAGCGGCUCCACCAGCGGCCCCACGGGCAGCGCCCAACGCCGCCUCCCGCCGCCCGGCCGCGCGCCGUCAUCCCGGUGCGGCAUCACUCAGUCACYGCAAUCCCUCGCGCUGGUGAGGCCUCGGCGGGAGCAGCACCGACAGCAGCUGCCGCCGCAUUUCUCGAGGACCGGGGCGGUGCCGGUGCCAUGAAGGAGGACCAUCAGCAUCCCGUCGACCUGGGUUACGCCAUCACCAAACCGGACAUCCUGGCCGAGGUGGAGCGAGGGGACGAGGGGGUGGCGGUGGCAGCGGGGCGUUAUGGAGAGCACCAGAGCCCCCGGCCACAGGCGGCACCCACUGGCCCCUCCCAGGGUGAGCGAGACACRGGGACGGGCAGGAUCGUGGCCAGGUGGGACCAGGAGCAGGGCUCGGACAAUGCGCCGGAUCCUGCCGAGCCAGAGCCUUGGUCCCAAGGUUUUCCCGGUGAGAAGGCCACUCCCCAACACACUCCUGUUUCCACAGAGGACUGGCAGGGGAAGGAGGUGAAGAUCGAGGAUGGGGCAUCCCCACUGCCCCACUCCUCCCCAUCCCACCACACCGGCCCCGCCGACUUCCUUGCCCCACUGCGGGAACGGGGCUGCAGCUACUGCGGCGUCCUCGAGCCGGAGCCAAAUCCYGGUGCCGGUAAUGGGGGGUUCAUCACCGCACCCCCUGCGUUUGAGAGCCRCCACUGCCGGCCCGGGGAGCCGCCGCUGGAUUGUGCUGAGUGUGGCCGAGGCGUCGGGCAGAAGCCGGACCUGGUGCGGCACCGGCUGGGACGCGGCAUGGAGCUCAGCUACGCCUGCGGCCGCUGUGGGAGAAGUCUCGCUGAGCCAGCRGGGCUGGGGGCCACGGGCAGCCCCCACCGCCCCGCCCCCUGCGCUGGCCGCUCCCCGGGCACGGCGGAGGGAGUGACUGCAGCACCACGGAAGGAGCGGAAGGAGCUGUCGCUGACYGAGAAGGUUCGGGUGCUGGAGAUGCUGGAGGGCCCCAAGGUGUCUCAGAGCGAGCUGGCUAAGCGCUUCGGGGUGUCUCAGCCCCAGAUUUGUCGCAUCAUCAAGAACAAGGAGCGCAUCCUGAGCGAGUGGCACCACAACGGUGACCCYGAGCGCAAGCGCAAGCGGGAGGGCAAAGACGUGGCGCUGGAGGCCGCGCUGCUGCGCUGGGUGGAGGGUGCCCGUGCCGCCGACCUGCCCGCAGGCCGCCCACUGCUGCAGCUCAGGGCCAGGCACCUGGCUGGGGUGCUGGCCCAGCCCGACCCCGAGCCCAGCGGCGGCUGGCUGGCCCGCGUGGGCGCUCGCCACGGCCUCGCCAGCAAGAAGCCACCAGCGGAGAAGGGGGACGCGGAYCAGCCCACGGUGGAGCACUGGGCCGGCRUGGUGCUGCCCGGUCUCCUCCGCGRCUACRCGCCCGCCGAGAUCUUCGCCUGUGGGGAGACUGUGGUGCUGCUCCCAGCUGGCGCCCCCGGCAAGGGCGAGAGCACCGGGGACCGGCUGACACUGCUGCUCUGUGCCAAUGCCAGCGGCUCAGAGAAGGUGCCRCUGCGAGCAGUGGGGGACAGCCCCCGGCCACGCUGCCUGCGGGGCGUCAACCUGGAGCAGAUGCCGUGGAGCUACCGUGCCGGCAGCAUGGCCGGGCUGACUGCGCCGCUCUUCGCUGAGUGGCUGCGGGAGUUCAAUGAGGGGAUGCGGCGGCAGGGCAAGAGUGUCCUCCUGCUCCUGGCCGAGCACGAGGSGCACCCCUACCUCCAGCUGUCCAACGUCAGGAUGGCCUUCAUCCCGCCGGCUGCCGCUCUGGCCCAGCCCCUGGACCGUGGCAUCGCCAGUGACCUCAAGGGCCACUACCGGCGCCGGCUGCUGCGGUGGCUGCCAGCAGAGCGCGGCGCGGGGCAGCCCAGCCUGCUGGAUGUGCUGCACAUGCUGGCACAAGCCUGGGGCGAUGUUCACCCGGGGCUCAUCGCCAGCUGCUUCCGUGCYGCUGGCUUCACCCCUGAUGUUGGCGCUGAGGCCGUGUCACUCACCCCGGCGCCCGGCCUGCUCGGACGGGAGCGUGACGGUGACCCGGCGGAGGCGGACGGAGACGAGGGGAUGGCGGAGGGCGAGGACGCAAGYGAGCUGGCGGCUGUGCCACCCUGCCCCUCGGAGCGGGAGGUCUGGAGAAGCCUGGCCACGCUGCGGCGGUACCUGGAGUGCCAGGCCACCUCGCCAGACCUCUUCCAGGCUUUCUACGAGCUGGAGGAUGCGGUGCACAUGGUGUCAGCCGGCACAGGGCGAGCCCUGCUCGGGGACACCCCUCCCAAGCACUGACCGGGUGGCUGGCACAGCUUGGACCAGCUCGUGCCCAUGACAGGGACAGGUUCUCAUUGGGGCCGUCACUGGAGCGGCCUGGCCUCUGUUCCCUGCAGUUGUGCYGUGGGAUUUGCUGUGGGUCUGUAUGGCCCCAUGAGAUACCAUGCGUGGGGGCUGUGGGGCCACUACGCUCUGUGUGUCACCCAUGGGGUAGUGGCAAUUCUGGGGACACAAACCUGCUGCCAGAACCCUCUCCCUGGGGGCAGGGGGGGCUGCUGCAGCCAACAGGAAAUGGUGUGGAGCUGCUGCCAGUGGGGAUUUGCCCUGAGUGGUGUAGUUGUGACUGCUGUGGGGGGUUGUGGGUGGUGCUGGGGUGUCCCUGUGCUGGGGACAGCAGCUCCUUCCCAUGGGGGAACCGGGUACCACCAGCUGCUGUCACCACGUGGUACCCAGAGGAUUGUUACAGGCAUUAAAGAGUUGGA